AUGACAAACGAGGAUGAGUCGGGUGUGAAGGUUGAUACUGAUGGAUUAUCGGAGGAAAAUUUGUAUCGAUUAAACUUGAUUACAAGGAAUUUACAGGAAGUGUUAGGAUUGGAGAAAAUUACGAAACAGUUAGCCUCGAAAAAAAAUAUUCAUGUCUAUUGGGGCACAGCGACUACAGGAAAGCCCCAUGUAGGAUAUUUUGUACCAAUAAGAAAAAUUGCGGACUUUUUAUCCGCGAAUCUUCGGGUGACAAUACUGUUUGCUGAUUUGCAUGCUUUUUUGGAUAAUUUAAAAAGCACUUGGGAGGUUCUGGAUAAUCGAGUGUUAUAUUAUGAAAAAGUGAUCAAAGCAUUGCUUACUGCGUUGCACGUACCAUUAGACCGGCUACAUUUUGUUAGAGGAUCAUCGUACCAAUUAACGAGAGAAUAUACGUCUGAUUUGCUUCGAUUAUGUAACAUUGUAACAAGGAGAGAUGCUUUACGUGCUGGCGCUGAAGUGGUAAAGCAAGUGGCAUCACCUUUAUUGAGUGGUUUACUUUAUCCAUUAUUACAAGCUUUGGAUGAGCAGUACUUGAAAGUUGAUGGUCAGUUUGGUGGAGUAGAUCAAAGGAAAAUUUUUAUUCUGGCUGAGGAGCAGCUUCCAAAACUAAAAUUGGGUAAAAGGUUUCAUCUUAUGAAUCCUAUGGUACCUGGAUUGCAAGGAUCAAAGAUGAGCAGUUCAGAAGAAAAUUCAAAAAUUGAUUUGCUGGAUGAAGCAGAUGUUGUGCGGAGGAAGAUCGAUAAUGCUCUCUGCAGUCGUGAUUCUGAUGAAAACGGUGUACUGGCAUUUUGUGAAUACGUUUUAUUUCCAAUCAUUUCGCCAAAAGCAAUCAGUUUUGAAGGAAGGGACUACGAUAAUUAUAAGAAUUUAUUUGAAGACUACAAUAAGGGAAGGAUCUCUGAAAAUGGCUUGAAAGAAACUGUAAAGGAGUUCAUUUGUAAGAUACUGGAAGAAGUGCAAAAGAACUGUAUGGACAAUGAAAUGCUAUCAUUAUUAGAAAAAGGAUAUUCCAAAAAUAUGUUUGGUAACAAUUUACCACACUCUGAUAGUCCUGUAACUGAUGGCGUCACAUUGAAUGAUGCAGAAGAUCAAAGGUUUCGAGAAAUCAUCUGUGAUGCUAAAUUAGUCAGUGGUGAAGUGUGGCUUAAGAGACGAAUCAAAGAAAAUAGUUUGUUACGUGUUGUUUAUACGAUAGCACCAAAAGGUCACUUCCAUCUUGGUUUUGUUAUUCCGCUUUUGAAAUUGAAGAAACUGCAGUUGCUGGGAAAUAUUUCGUUAACAGUAGUUUUGGCUGAUAUCGAUGCUUUUUUGGAUAAUGAGAAAUGCUCAUGGAAUGUUCGAGAAGCACGCUGUGAUUAUUAUGUCGUGAUUUUGCAGCAGAUCUUUGGUCUGCUUGACUUGAAAGAUGUUAAAAUUGUUCGGGGGUCAAGUUAUCAAUUGGAACCGGAGUAUACCUUGGAAAUGUAUCAGAUGGCUUCGAAAGUAACACGAGAUGAAGCAUCCAUCCUCGACGGAGUGACGUUGGGCUCACUAUUAUCACCUUUAUACUUCACCAUUGACCAUUAUCAUAUGAAUGUUGAUAUUGUCAUUAUGGGUGAAGAAAUGCUCCCUUUUUCGGAGUUCUCUGAGAAGAUGAUUCAACGACGUGGGCAGCAAUCCCGUGCGCAUUUGUUAGUCCCACUUUUACCAUCUAUGUCGGGUAGUAAAAUGUCUGCAUCAGAUCCUGAAUUUCAUCUGGAUCCUCUGGAUACACCAAAACAAGUUAAGCAGAAAAUCGCGCGUUCAUUCUGCGAACCCGGUAAUUUGAAAGGCAAUAUCGCCUUCGAACUUGCAAAACACUUUAUAUUCUCAUAUUUUGGAUCAACAUUGUUAAUCGAACGUUCAGAAGAAAACGGUGGAGAUAUAGAGAUUAAUGGUUGUGAUGAAUUGGAAAGAAUAAUUGUGGAUGGAAGUUUGCAUCCUGCAGAUUUAAAGGCAGUAGUUGUAUCCAAAAUCAAUCAGUUCUGUGAUCCUAUUCGGACAUGUUUUAGUACUAAAGCGAAAUUAAUAUCUGCAGCAUUCCCUAUUAAAAAAGGUGGUAAAAAAUAG